AUGGAUUUGAUGCGACACAGUCUACCUAGAGCCGCUCAAUAUCUUGAGGAAGUUGGCUACGCUAGAUGGGCACGAUCGCACUUCGUUGGAUUACGUUACAGUGCAAUAACGUCCAAUAGUGUUGAGUCCGUCAACUCAGUAACGCGGUUUGUACGCUAUCUUCCGAUAACAAUGUUAGUUGAAUUUUAUCGGACGACAUUACAACAAUGGUAUUUCAUACAUCGACAUAACGGAGCGCAAAUGAUGAAUGUCGUGACUCCUUGGGCGGAGGCCAAAUUAGAUAAGAGAAUACAUAGGAGCGCAAAUUGGAAGGUAUAUCCCAUUAGCGAUUUGUUGUUUGAAGUUGACGACCGCUAUAAGAAAGGAACGUGUGAUUUGCAUGCUAAGACUUGUACAUGCAUGCAAUGGCAACUUUCUGGAAUAGCUUGCGGUUAUGUGAUUUAUGUUGCUCGAAGUUUAGAUAUUCAAGACUGCAGUCAAUUCUGUUCUGUUUGGUUCAAUUCCGACUCUUACCGUGCAACAUACGAGGAGGAAGUCACUCCCCUUCCACCAGAAGCUGAAUAUGUGUUGCUCAACGAACGUUUGACCGUCCUACCCCCUCCCUUGGACAUACAAAACUCAAGCAGGCUACGCAACCGCGAUCGUAUCCCUUCACGAGAUGAGGAACCAAUAGUGAAAACUUGCAGUCGAUGCGGCCAGAGUGGACAUUUUCGAUAUAACUGUCUGAGUUCGAUGCCAGCUUCUAGGCCGACGCACAGAAGUUCAAGUAGUGGUCGAAGAUUAGUUAGUUAUCCAAGCGAUUGUGGUCCAUCUGAACCUGAUACUACACAAGACUAUGUAUUUGAUACUUACGAUUUAAGUAAGUAA